AACCGGUAAACACACACAGGUGAAUGUGAAAAAUGAAAAACAAAGAAAUUCAAGAAAAUGAUAAACAAAGACACCGAAGACAGAAUCAAUUAACACCACAUCAUUUUCUCUCUUCAAUUCUGUGACCUCUUUUGAACAAAAUCUCAAGCAAACCCAUCAAAUAAACAUCUCCAUAGCUUCAAUGGAGAAGAGCUGGCUUCUGGCUUUUCUCCUGCUCUUCCAUGUAAUGCUAAGAGGAGCGGCAACUACUGUGGGCGUUGGAGUUGGAAUUGGCGUGGGUGUUGGCGUAGGCAAUGCAGGUGGUGGAGUGUGGAUUGGCGGCGGAAUCAACGAUCCACCGCCUUCUGGGACUGCAUUUUCAAACAUCAACAGUGCUUAUAUUGCUCUACAAGCAUGGAAAUCGGCAAUCAACGAUGACCCAUCAAAGAUUUUAGACACUUGGGUGGGUACUGAUGUGUGCUCUUAUAAAGGAAUUUUUUGUGCAGUUCCUCGAGGUGAUGAUGGAUUGGGAAUCUCUCCUGGUCCAGUUGUUGCAGGCAUAGAUCUAAACCAUGCAAAUCUCCAAGGGACUCUUGUCAAAGAGCUCUCUGUUCUCGCAGAUAUGUCUCUUCUUCAUCUCAAUAGCAACAGAUUUUCAGGCACAGUUCCAGAUUCUUUCAGAGACCUGACUUCUCUCCAGGAAUUAGACCUGAGUAACAAUCAAUUUUCAGGUCCUUUCCCUGCAAUUACUCUGUACAUUCCUAAUCUCAUUUACUUAGACCUUAGGUUCAACAGCUUUUCAGGACCCAUUCCUGAAGAUCUUUUCAACAAGAGAUUAGAUGCAAUUUUCCUCAACAAUAACCAAUUUUCUGGUCAAAUUCCUCAAAAUUUGGGCAACUCUCCUGCUUCUGUGAUAAACUUGGCUAAUAAUCAGCUCACUGGAACAAUUCCAGCUAGUUUUGGUCUAAUGAGUUCUAGAUUGAAGGAAAUUUUGUUCCUCAAUAAUCAAUUAACAGGCUGCAUUCCAGAAGAAGUUGGGCUCUUCACAGAUAUGGAAGUUUUUGAUGUAAGCUACAAUUCACUGAUGGGUCAUUUGCCAGACACAAUAUCUUGUCUCAGAGAGAUUGAAGUUCUGAAUUUAGCACACAACAAGCUCUCUGGUGACCUGCCUGACCUGGUUUGUUCUCUGAGAAGCCUCCUGAAUCUGACACUUGCUUAUAAUUUCUUAUCUGGGUUUAGCCAAGAAUGUACCAAAUUGCUCAUCAGGAAUGUGGGUUUUGAUUUCUCUUUGAAUUGUAUUCCUGGAAGAGUUAUGCAAAGGCCUCAACCAGAGUGUUCAGGGAUACCAGGAGGAGGACUGAGUUGCCUCAGAAUACCUGCUGCUCAGCCUCUUCUUUGUGGGUCACUUGGAAUGAAAAUAGAUGCUAAUCUAGGCCCAUCAUCUCCAUGAAAGGAGGAGAUAAAUUGGUUAGUCUUACCAAUAUUGUACAAUAGGUUGGUGAUGGUUGCCUCAUUAAUUAAUAGCAAUUAUGGUUCACAACUUCCUAAUU